AUGGGCUGCGAGCAAGGCACGCUUCCGGAGGUGCCAGGAUGCGGCAUAAUAUUAUUCGGGCAUUCCGCAAAAAUUUUAAUGGGCAUUGGGUUUAGCAAAAAGUCUGUAAGAGAGGCCAUCCUGCAAAUGGAGCACGAGAUAGUUGAAAAAGAAGCAGAAAUCAAGCGCUUGAAGAGAAAAAAGGAGACCGCAGGAGAUCUCUUCUUCAAAGUGCUUGCUGCGAUGUGUGUUGGGGUUGUCUCUAUUGUGUGGGUGUGCAAGGAGAGCCUUUCUUACGCCUAUUUACUAAAGCUUUCUGGGGCUUUUGUUGUGGCAGGGCUGCUCAUAUACGCUGUGUACUAUGGCAACCAGCGGCUGUGCAACUACAUGCUGAACAUGAAGAUUCUUGCGCUGGAGGCACUGCGGGAGAAGCAGAGAAUAAACAUAGAGAGUCUGAAAAAAGAGACAAAGUACGACGAGACGCACGGAAUAAUAAAGAGAUAUGCACAGCAUGCAGUAAAGGCCGAGCAGGCUGAGGAAAAGGAAGAGAACGUAGUAGAUAAAAUUGUUAGAUUAUUAUAG